AAGAACAGCUCUCUCUGGUCGGUAUUUAGGUUCAGCGUUCUCAUCCUACGAUGAGAUCACUGCUAGUUGUAGUUCUUCCCCUCCUGAUUCUUGUGCUUGCUGCCCACGUAUCCCAAGCUGAUGACAAGGGCUCUGCGGGUGGAAAUGGGAAGGCCUCCUAUGGGAGUGGUGAUCAUAAAUCCAAUGGUGUAGGGCCAGUGAAAAAUCCACAUUGCCCCAAGCCAGGACGUGGCCCGAAUCCUCACGACAAGGAUGGCCCAACCAAUAGAGGUCGGCCAAACAAGGACUGUGACGAUGCAGAGACAACACCGUCAUCGCCUGAUGGAGCUGGGCCUUCCCCGGACCAAGGUAAUGGUACCCCAUCGCCACCGGCAUCCCCGUCUUAUUCUCCACCCAUGGCUCCAACCGACCAAACUAAUACCCAGCCACCUCCAUCUCCAUUAGAUCCUAGUCCUACUACACCACCUGCCUACCAACCUAGCACUCAAUCUCCUCCACCGCCAUCACCAUCUAGCCCCUCGCCACAAGCUCCAGCCACCCCACAAACACCUCCAUCUCCUCCCCCUGUUACACCUCCAACAUACGAACCUAACAAUCAACCGCCACCACCUUCACUCAAUCCUUCAUCCAUUCCCCCACCUCCAUCGAGCCCACCCACAGCACCUCCAGUGGACCCAACUAACGAGCACCCUCCUCCAUCAUCGCCAUCAUCAAGCCCUCCACCACUAGCUCCUGCUACACCUCCACCCUACCAACCUAGCGAUCAAUCCCCUCCACCGUCAUCAUCAUCUAGCACCCCACCACUAGCUCCGGCAACCCCACAAACACCAUCUAGCCCCCCUUUUUCACCUCCAACCUAUGAACCUAAUGACCAACCGCCACCGCCUCAAUUGAAUCCUCCAUCCAGCCCACCUAUAGCACCUCCAAUGGGUCCGACUGAUGAGCAACUUCCUCCACCAUCGCCAUCAUCUAGCCCCACACCAAUAGCUCCAACCACACCUCCCCCCUACCAACCUAGUGAUCAAUCUCCUCCACCGCUAUCAUCAUCUAGCCCACCACCACCAACUCCAGCCACCCCACAAAUACCUCCAUCUAGUCCUCCUAUUACACCUCCAACAUACGAACCUAAUGACCAACCGCCACCACCUCCAUUGAAUCCUCCAUCCAUUCCUCCACCGCCUCCGUGUAGCCCACCCGCAACACCUUCAACGGACCCGACUAAUGAGCAGCCUCCUCCACCAUCGUCAUCAUCGAGCCCUCCACCAGUAGCAACGGCUACACCUCCACCCUACCAACCUAGCGAUCAAUCCUCUCCACCACCACCAUCAUCUAGCCCUCCUGUUACACCUCCAACAUACGAACCUAACGAUCAACCUCCACCACCACCUUUAAAUCCUCCAUCCGUUCACCCACCGCCUCCAUCUAGCCCACCCGAAACAUCUCCAAUGGCCCCAACUAGUGAGCAUCCUCCUCCAGCAUCACCCACAUUUAGCCCCCCACCAAUAGCUCCUACUACACCUCCACCUUACCAACCUAGUGAUCAAUCCCCUCCAACACCAUCAUCAUCUAGCCCCCCACCACUAGCUCCACCCACCCCACAAACACCUCCAUCUAGUCCCCUUUUUACACCUCCAAUAUACGAACCUAACAAUCAACCGCCACCGCCUCCAUUUAAUCCUCCGUCCAUUCCCCCACCACCUCCAUCUAGCCCACCCACAACAACUCCAAUGGCCCCUACUAAUGAGCAGGCUCCUCCACCAUCAUUGUCAUUUAGCCCACCAUCAAUAGCUCCUACUACACCUCCACCCUACCAACCUAGUGAUCAAUCCCCUCCACCGCCGUCAUCAUCUAGUCCUCCACCACUAGCUCCAGCCACCCCACAAACUCCUCCAUCUAGUCCCCCUGCUACAUCUCCACCCUACGAGCCUAGCGAUCAACCACCACCGCCACAUUGCCCUAAGCCCGGACGUGGUCCAAAUCCCCAUGGCGGUGAUGGCCAUAGUAAUAAUGGUCGUGGACCACCAGAAAAGGAUUGCAGUGAAGCAGAGACAUCACCGCCAUCACCUGAGCCAUCCCCAAACCAAGGUAAUGGUUCGCCAUCACCACCGCCACCCCAAUCUUAUUAUCCACCCAUGGCUCCACCUCCAUUAGAUUCUAGUCCUCCUACACCACCACCACCAUACCAAACUAGUGAUCAAUCCCCUCCACCCCCAUCAUCCUCUAGCCCCCCACCACUAGCUCCAGCCACCCCACAAACAUCUCCAUCUAGUCCCCCUGUUACACCUCCAACAUACGAACCUAACUAUCAACCGCCACCGCUUCCAUUGAAUCCUCCAUCCAUUAGCCCACCACCUCCGUCUAGCCCACCUACAACACCUCCAAUGGCCCCGACUAAUGAGCAACCUCCUCCACCAUCAUCGUCAUCUAGCCCCCCACCAGUAGCUCCUACUACACCACCACCGUACCAAACUAGUGAUCAAUCCCCUCCACCACCAGCAUCAUAUAGUCCCCCACCACUAGCUCCAGCCACCCCACAAACACCUCCAUAUAGUUCCCCUGUUACACCUCCAAGUUAUGAACCUAACUAUCAACCGCCACCGCCUCCACUGAAUCCUCCAUCCGUUCCAACACCACCUCCAUCCAGCCUUCCUGCAACACCUCCAAUGUCCCCGGCUAAUGAGCAGCCUCCUCCACCAUCGCCAUCAUCACCAUUAAGUCCACCUGCCACACCUCCAACGUACCAAGCUAACCAACCACCGCCGUCGGCACUGACACCACCACCACCUAGUCCUUCAGCAACAACGUCACCACCUGGUCCCCCUACCGGUACUAAUGGAUGGGUGCAAGUUCAUAACUUCCGUGACACUUUGUACUGGCAAAUCGCGCGCUUUGCGGUAUUAAUGCACAAGUUGGUAUACAAGAAGGAGAUGACCCUUGUCGAUGUGUUGUAUGUGAGCAUGCAGCCUUCGGGAAUUGGCAACAACUACUUUCUUGAGAUAAAAGCUGCGGAUGAAAACAAUAAGGUCGGCAGGUAUCAAGUGCUCGUAUGGGGUGUGCCUGGGUCAACAGCUCAACCAUGGAAAGUACUGUCAUUUAAAUUUAUAGGAUACUAAAGCACAUGGUGAAACUAAGAAUCUAGCUAGUAGCCAUGUGUGGUAUUUCUAGGGAAAAGAUAUAUAGAAUUUUUGUGGUCAAUGUGCGCCUGCAUGUCUGUAGAUUAGUUAAUCUUUGUAGCACUUAGGGGCUUGAUAUACCAAUAUAUGAUUCUGAUUUCAACGAUAA